ACGCACAACACAAGGAGAAACUUGGUGUCCAGGGGAGGCCCCCGGCGGCUGGAGCGCUGCGGCAGCGGGCGCAGAGGCCGGAGGGAGAGGAGGCGAGGGGCGGCCCGAGCGCGGGGCGGGAGCGAGGCCAGCGGUCAUGUGCCCGUGCCCCCUGCACCGCGGCCGCGGCCCCCCGGCCGUGUGCGCCUGCAGCGCGGGUCGCCUGGGGCUGCGCUCGUCCGCCGCGCAGCUCACCGCCGCCCGGCUCAAGGCGCUAGGCGACGAGCUGCACCAGCGCACCAUGUGGCGGCGCCGCGCGCGGAGCCGGAGGGCGCCGGCGCCCGGCGCGCUCCCCACCUACUGGCCUUGGCUGUGCGCGGCCGCGCAGGUGGCGGCGCUGGCGGCCUGGCUGCUCGGCAGGCGGAACUUGUAGGAACGCGGGGCUUCUUGGUGGGGCCGGAGCCGAGACCCAGCCGGAGCGAGCAACAGGUUGGUGAAAACCCUGUGUCCUUGGAGAAAGCUGGUUCCCGUUUUCCAGAGGGGGAGCCCAGAGCUUGAAAGGCCGCGGUUGGCACUUCGAGAAGGAAGUGGAGAGUAAAGACAGCGCCUGGAGCGAUCGUAGAAACACAGAAUGGGACUGGGGAAGCCCUUUGGAAAUCCAGCUGCAGAAACAGACACCCCAAUGCUAUUUACAUACAGCUCUAUAUAUAUAAAAAAAAUAUGAAUAUUACGUAUCAGUGCAUGCCUUGUUGAGGACGUGGUUGCCUUCCUUUUCUGCACCUUGCGAUGUGAACUUUGAUAUUCUGUAAUGUCUGGGGCGCCAGAAGAGAGAUGCCUGCUGUGUACUUAGAAACUAUUUGCAAAGACUGGUGGGAAUUAGCCCCAGCAUCGGCCAACUGCCUGGGGAUAGAUGCUGGUGGAAUAAGAGGUAACAGUGCAAAAGGCAUGAUAGAAAAAAAAUAGGACUUGGGGCCAAUUGUGUAGGGGCAGUCUGGGAUGCCUCCAUUUCUUGACUCGUCCUAGCCUCUCCCUCUAUACUUACCUAGGUCGAUCGCUAGAUCCCACUGUCACGUCAAGAGAAAUGGGAUUUUUGAGUCUCUGGUGCUUCACUUAAAAUUUUGCUGGUGCUAAGUGCGUUCCUGCUGGUGCUGCUGUGGUGUUCUGUUGACAGACUUGGAAGGCCAGGGAUCAAGAGAGAUUUCUAUUUUGCUGUUUCAGAUUCUUUUUUUUUUUUUAAGGGACAAGUUGCAAAAGUGCCACUUGAGAGUCUCUUCUCUUUUUCUACGUGGGGACGAAUAUCCAGAGGUGGUUUGGAGCAAACCUUGGGGUCUAGGAGGGAGGAGGGCAUUGAGAGGCUUGCUGGUUAUGAGGCCGAAAGCUGACCUCAUGCAUGACUUGGUUGCUAUCUCCCCCACCCCCACAAAAGUGUCCUCGGAGUUCAGCCCACAGCCUCCUCCACUCCCCAAGGGGAUUUCAGGGUUUAGGUUUUAUGGAUUAAAGAGCCAAGAAAUGGCUACAUUCUGGUCAAAGAUGAUUUAUAACCGGGGGAUGUUGGGGGAGGGAGUGGGCCAUUUAAAUGAAAUGCACCAGCAUCUCACUGAUUGACAGAGGUCUGAUUUUUUUCCCCCCAAGGAUAAGCUACUAUUUUCAGAAGUUUCUAGAAGGGCUAAAAAAAGAUGUGUGCUGGACGGAGACUUGGCUGCAAAGACUCUUCAGGGAGCAGUGAUUAUUUUUUGCUUUCAUUUUCGAAAAAUCCAACAUAAGCAGGUAUUCUUCCUCUGUGCAGGAUACCACACACUGCCAUUUUCAAAGCCGAGGUGGUGAGAUGGCGAGGUGUCAGACUGCAGAUUCGGACGGUCAUUCUCCAAGGCUGGAUUUGCAGGUCACCACCCGGUACCUAUAGACAGAGGGUCCAGCAGGCUGGUUAGCAGACACCGCUCCAGUUCUAAGACGCCAGCAGUGGGAUCCACGUUUAUGGUGGAUGCGGCUGAAAUGGGAAUUAUCCCCCCACAGGCUUUGCUGUACAGUUCUAAGAAGCCAGCAGUGGGAUCCACAUUUGUUAAGGUGGAUGCGGCUGAAAUGGGAAUUAUCCCUCCAUAGGCUUUGCUGUAAAUGACCAGGUCCUUUAGAAUGUACAACCUCUCAGUGCUGCUGCAAGCUGGGAGCUGGAUUUCUUUCUGUCUUCUUUUUAAAAUCCGUUCCUUGUGUUUUCCUAAAUAGCCCUUUAAAGAGAAAUGCAACCCCAGGGCUGCUGAAUGCCAGGGAAGACUCCCCCACCCCGCAGCUUUGAACUCAGCAAACCAAAAAAAAAAAAAAAAGAAGAAGAAGAAUAAUGCUUAUUUUGGGAGAACGUGUUUCUCCUCAUUACUCGUGCCCUCCCCCUAGCUGAUGUUUGCAGGGGACCCUCGCUUAGCUGGGGACUGCAGAGAGCAGUGGGUAAUAUUCCCACAAAGCUACGAACUUAGAGAAGGCAAAUUCAUUAGAAUAAUAUGAAAUACAGUCACUGCUUCUAUUUAAUCAUUUUCUUAGCCACAGACUAGGGUCUUUCCAGCUCUCCCCAUUUUCUGGGGAGGGGCGUCCAUUACUACACAGCUGUAUCCAAUCACAGUUCUCUGCUUCUUUAAGGCUGUACCUUCAAGAUCGUAGUGGGGGCAUGCUGACCACCUAUAGACACAGGAGAAGAUGAAAGGUGAAAGGAUCCCUUUUUCAAUCCCGACUUGCCUACUGGCUUUUGAUGUUUCCCCUGGAGGAUACAAACUCCAAACGCUGGGGUUGGCAUUUUGGGUGAUUUUGAUUUCAAUGAAGCCACUUUGCUGAGAGAACUGGGGCACCCACGACCUCCUGAUAGAGCUUCUCAGCCAAGUCCCUUGUAGAUAUUCUCCUGUUUUAUUAGAGACCACGUAUUUAUCGAAUCCUGACCUUUCCUUGCACAUCAUUCAUUGGAGUGCACUUCUCGACUGCCCCGAUUUUUGACAAGGGGUUGUUUUUAAUGCUUGUUUUUAUAUGAGAUUUGACUUCUUGAUGGACAUUUGUAUUAGGAAAUUGAAGCAUGAUAUAUAUGUAUAUAUUGUCUCCACCAUCUCUCCUGUUGUAUUACUUGGAUUGCAUGAGAUAGCGGGGUGGUUCUUGUUUUUUAAAAAAUAUUUCCACAGUGUGCAAAGUGCUGGCAACAUCCCUCCCUCUCCUCCACCGCUCCCCCACUUUUCUCUGGCUGCCAAGGAGUCAUUGAUUUUGAUUAGCUUCACUGCAGAACGUCUGUGAAGAGAGAGAGAGAGAAAGGGAGGGAGGCUUUGAAAUAAAUUUUAAAAAAGACCUCAUAUCGGGUUUCAGCAGACAGCAGUGUGUGUGUGUGUGUGUGUGUGUGUGUGUGUGUGUGUGUGACCGUACAAGCAGAGGGAGGCCUCUGAGAUCAUCGUUUAGGUAGCUUGCUGCAUAAUGAGAUGAAGAGACUUUUGCCUCUUCAUUUCUGAUGGUGCUGCUUGCUCUCAGAGAGUGGGGAGCCAGGAACCUCUGGGACUGGAGCCCCCGGGACUUCAACACUCCGAAUGAGAUCCAGUCCUUUCUGGAAGCUUCUCACCCCCACCUGAUCCCCCACAAAUACAAUCUCUUCAAAUUUGGGGGUCCGUUUCCUAUUCUCUUUGUUAUUGGUGUAGCUUGAGUAGGAAGUUUCUCUGGGGAGCCCAUUGGCCCCACUGGCUGCUGUCCAUGGUCCUAGGCCGUGCACAUCUCCUAGACCCCAGUUCCUGUUUUGUUUUUGGGGGGUUUUUUUUGGCCCUGUGCAUCUCUUAGAGCCCAGUUCCUGUUUUUUUGUUCUUUUUUUUUUUUUUUUUUUUUUUUUUAGCCACCUUCAUUUGGAUACUGGGGACUUCUUUUCCACUUCUUCUUUUUUUUUAUUUUGAGACAGAGUCUCACUCUGUCACCCAGGCUGGAGUGCAGCGGUGCGAGCUCAGCUCACUGCAACCUCCACCUCCCAGGUUCAAGCGAUUCUCCUGCCUCAGCCUCCUGAGUAGCUGGGAUUACAGGCACCCACCACCAUCCUCGGCUAAUUUUUGUAUUGUUAGUGGAGACGGGGUUUUACCAUGUUGGCCAGAGUGGUUUUGAACUCCUGGCCUCAAGUGAUCCACCUGCCUUGGCCUCCCAAAGUGCUGGGAUUACAGGCGUGAGCCACCGAGCUCAGCCUCCACUUCUUAUUUUGAUUCUUUUCUGUUUUGAUGGUGAGAGGAAAGGAUGAUUUACCCAAUACUGUCACAGAAAAAUGAAACUGUGACUGGUUUUCACAAUGUAUGUAGCUGAUCUCAUGUUCUCCUAUUAUUAUGUUUCUGACAGUGAUAAAAUAUCACUCUCCCUCCCUGGGGCAUUAGAGGAGUCCUCACCCGCCCACCUCCUACACAAGUAUCUUUUAGGGACAGUGGCUCACCAUUGUGGACUUUUUGAGUGUCCACCUGAUAUUACAAGUUGCAUUGACCAGAACACAGAUUUUGCUCUUCUGUGUCAAUACCCAUUUCUUUUCUGAAGGUCAGAAGUUGGUUAAGGGUUUGGGGGACCAGCUAGACACUCUUCUUAGUCCCAUGGAGCUGACUGGAAGUUCCAUGAGGGGAGGAAAUUGAUGUCAAAGUGUCAUUUUAAAGCUUAAGCUGAAAGUUUAUUUUUUAAAUUCUCAUUCAUUCAUUUAGCAUAUAUUUAUUGAGCAUCUACAAUGUGCCAGUUGUAGAAUUCCAUCUCAGAAGAGACUUGACUUGUGGAUGGUGGAGGGGCAGUCUUGCUUGGAAGCAGAUGAUGUGAAAUGUUCCUUUCCAGUCUGGUUCACGAUGUUUAACAGAUUUGUCAGGUCACCACUGUGACCCCAAGCUUUGCUGGCAGAUUGUUAUAUAGUAUUUACUGAGAGCCCUGCUAUCUGGUAAAGGCAGUUAAAAAGCCUGCAAUCUCGACUCAUUUCCAGCAUGAACAGACUGGUCCUUGCUGCUUUACACAAUAAUCAAAGCUACCUUUUAUGGCGUGCUCGCCACUCCCAAGCACUGGGCGAAGUGCUUUACCCGUCUUCCCCUCCGCGAUGCCUCAUGCCCACUUUAGCAGAUAGUACUGUUAGCAUUCCCAUUUUACAGUGGAGGAAGCUGAGGCUCAGAGAGGUUAAGCAACUUAGCUGAAGGCCACACCACCAGCGAAGUGCCUGAGCCAAGAUUUGGACUCGAGUCCAUGGGACCCCCACGCUCGUGAGCUGACUGCUCUGCUCCACUGGGUCCCUUCAUGAGGUCGUCCCACAGCACUGCUAGUUCCAGGGCGAGUGCCAGCACAUGGCCCCGCUGGGAGCCGGGUGCCUGACUUAGGUCUACUGGAAAAAGUGUCACCUUUGGGGACACUCAAGGACAGGCUGGUUGGUUUCAUUGUGGAUUUUAUAUACUCAUGCCCUAACCCCGUGUUCCUGGUUUCUAUAAGGCCCCGGGGAAGGUGCAUGGAAUUUGCAAAUACGGCCUGUAUGACUUAUUUCCUAGGACACGGGAAGCUUUUCUUACCUCCUUCCUACCCUCUUCUCCAACCUGAACUCCCAAGUUUCUUCUCCUGAAGGUCUUUUGCACUAUAAGCGCCAAGGAGCCCGUGCGCGUGGCAGGGGCGGCUGGGAGGGUAUCUGGAGAACCUUAGUGAGGCCUCUGGCCUAGCCAGAGAGGCAAUAAGCCUGGGGACGUUCCGUUCUGGGUUCUGACGUUGUUGGUUCUGACAUCGUUGUGCUCUUUUGUAAGAGGAAUUUCAUACCUUGGAGACGCUUUGUACAUAUUUGUAAUGACUUUAUUAAAAAAUUGAUUGUGCACUUCUA